CAUGUAGAUACAUUUUAUGAAUAUAUUUGUGAGUUGUAUGAAAAAUUUUGAAAUUUCGUUAGCACUGUAAUGAAACUCGAGCAUCAUGAUGGUGCUGGUAAAGCUUGAAAUAAAUCUGAAAAUGUACAUACACGUUUCUGCUGCAAGAUAUCGCAUAUAUGGUUCGUACAGAUUACAAAAAUAUUUAAACGGUCAAGUAUUUAUUGUAUUAGUAAGCAUCAAUAUUCAGUGAGAUAAGAUGAAUAUGCAUUUCUAUACGUAUACUAAUUUCUUACUGAAUAUGUAUAUAUUAGUAAUAAAUAUCUUGUAACUUCUAUGUGAAUUUUCAGAUUGAUUUCAAAUUUUACGAAUAUAAUUAUGACGUGUUUCGUUAUAGCGCUAAUAAAAUUGCGGAACAUUUUAUGUAAGGAUCCAAAUACUUUCGCAAGUCACUGUAUUUCUGUUUGCGUUUUAUACUGUUUUUAUACAAGAAUUUGAUAUUAUCGACGGACAUGUUUUGUAUUGUAUAUCCACGGAUUAAAACGCGGAGAAUUAGACGAUGACUCAAGCAUGCAAUUGUCUGCUUGUUAUACUUUAUUAUCGAAAGAAAAAUAUAUACAGAUUUAUGUAAUAUUUCUUUAAUAUCCCUUUUUAUGAAAAUUCUACUUGAUCUCUGGAUAGUCAGAAACCAUAUUUAACUCGUUGAUGUUAUUCACCGUGAAUAAUUCUCUCGACGCUUAUUACAAAUUAUAUAACUGUCAUCAACUAUUGCAAUUAUACAUGGCAUGUGUAAGCACAUGCAUUGUAGAAAUCGUUGUAAUUAUCUCUUCUGAUACAAAUCUAACACGGUUGUCAAGUACAUAUUGUCAAACAUAUAAGUAUUUAAAGACAAAAUACUUAAAAGUGAACGUAUAAAAGGUAACGCCAACAAUCGUACAAUUAGUUUAGUCGGUUCCUUACUUCGCUAGGACAUUCAACAUAAGUUUUGAAACAUGAAGAAUUCAGCGUUUCUUGCUUCGUUUAUCCUCUAUUGCGGUCUUUUCAGUCAAAAUGUAAUUGUGUCACACGCGAAACAUCCACCUUUUCCUCCAGAAAUAAUACACGAUUGUAUGGAUCGUGAAAACAUAACAACUAAAGAAUUGAUGAUACUUGAUAGUUCACCGGUUGAGACAAUCAAAUUAAUAGGCGGAAAUAUGGAAGACUUCAGAAAUAUCGGAUGUUUCUUAGCUUGCGCCUUCCAACAACAUGGCGACAUGUCAGGAUCUACUAUGAAUGUACAAACAAUGAUAGAUCGUAUGCACGGAAUGCAUCACGAUCACAGAGAUCCCAAUCCGUUUUUCGCUAACGCCUUGCAAACAUGUGCAGAUUCGCUUGGAGAAACAGAUGACGAAUGCGAAGCGGCUCUUACCUUCCACAUAUGCUUGAUGGAAGCUUUCCAUAAUAAACCCUAAAUCAAUUUAUAUUUUAUCUAUUUCGAUGUGUCUACUGCGAUAGUGGAAACUUGUUAAAAAUUUAUUUGAAUUAGUAAACUAUUAAAUUAGCAAGCAAUUGAAAAGGAUAGUUGAUAAUUUAUGCAACCUUUCUCCCUAAGAGUCCCAGUUCAAAUAUAUCUAAUAAUGCGUGUGAUAAAAUUAAUCAAUUCGAAACGUAGAUACGAUUGCCAUGCGUCCUAAUACAAUUGGAUUACGUUUCUAGAUUCGUCACAUAGUCACGACUAUCGUUUCGCGGUGCAGUAUCGACAUGUUCGCUAAAAAAUUAAAAAUUUCCUCCACCUUGGUUUCCAGAUCUCAGGACUUACUGAGUUUUGGAUGGCGAAAGCUUCUAGUGCCCAUGUCGUUGUUUGGAGUCAUUGCACUUUUAUUCUGCUUGUGCUACAUAUUUUGGGAUACGGUGGAUUAUAAGAUAAUGGAGAACAACAUUUUCAUCCAAGAUCUAAAUAGCGCUAUAAAGAAAAAUUCAACAUUGUUCCAACAAAGUUUGAAUGGCACUAUGCAACAGAAAACCGGCAAGACUUAUUGUCAAACUGGUCCAUCAUGUAAUACAAUAACCUGUUCGUCUAUCCCGCAAAAUUCUGGAACAGUGGUGUCAGAGUUCAUCGAAAACAAUUUCAAGGCUAUCUGCAAGGAUACAACAUCCGUGAAAUUGUCACUUAUCAAAUGCAAAUUCCCCGAGAACAUGCUUCGAAAGAAUUGGCUGUGCACCAACUUGUCGAUCGAAGAGUUGACGUUCGAGCGCUGCUUCCUCAGCAAAAUAGAGGAUAACGCGUUCUCGUCGUCCAUUUAUGAACAGACGAAGAAGAUCUCCAUGAUUAACAACGAACUGGUCUCUUUGCGCAAGGCGAUGUUCCGUCACCUUAAAAUGUUAGAGGUGCUGAGUAUUAACGAAAAUAUCGUCAAGUCGGCUGAAUUUAAUUUGCUCGAAGAGGUGGCGGGUUCUUUGACCACGCUGGACCUGCGCCAAGCCAUCGACGAUCGAAAGGUACUUCGAAACAUAACGGGCGGAAACGCGUUGUCAAAGCUUGAAUUAUUGUCUUUAUGGGGGAACUCCAUAUCCGUAAUCGAUGCUGAAUUGUUCGUCGGUGUGCCAAUGGUGAAAUCGCUUUAUCUGCACGCCUCGAAGAUUGAGACAGUGUCGCAAGAUACUUUGCAACCGAUGGCUUCAUCUAUAUCGCAAAUAACGCUGUACAGCAACAAUAUUGUUUCGUUGCCGCAAGGACUGCUAGACCACGUGGUUGAUUCGAAUAAAUGUUUCGGUAUGUUUAUAUACGACAAUCCUUGGCACUGCGAUUGUAGUUUAAAAUGGUUACAGGAUUUCAUGCAAAAUCAGUAUAUCUGUAUGGACCAGUCGAAUGUAGUACAUUUGGAUAGAAAAAUUCCGAUUUGUAAGACGCCUCAGGAAAAAGCUGGAAAGCCAUUUACAACAGUGGAUUUCUGUUCUCAGUCAACCACCAAUUCCACCAUAUCCACCACGACACUUAAAUCUACUAAACACGAUUGGACCCAAACUGCUACUAUUACUCCGACUAAAGGUAUAACCAAUCAAACCACCCAGACACCAGAUACAACCGAUAGGAUGGUCCACGUAAAUUGCAGUCUCACCUAUACAUAUAUACAAACUGCUAAUACACGCAAACUGUUAUCCAGCGAUGUUCUUCAGUUUCCUCCGCGAUUUCCCCAUUUCUACGUCUCGAAGAUCUCAGACCGCAGCAUACUCGUGAAUCUGCCCGACCUGAACAAGGAAAUCACGCUGCUCUGGUUCGACAACAAUAACGUCGACAGCUCGCUCGGCUGUGCAAAAAAUGUGAAGUACUCUUAUCUGCUGCAGAAUAUCGAUUCGCAGGCAACGUAUACGAUCUGUUUGCUCGACGAUAACGGGAACAACGUAUCACCGUUGAACUGUUUGGCUGUAACUACUAGGCCCACUUACGAGUACAGGACUUGGUUGACGAACGCAGACAAGAGUUUGGUCUUCCCUCUAUUGAUAUCGUCGUUGAUUCUACUGUUCUUCGUCGGUGCUUUCCUCUCAUUCUUGCUGAUAAGGCGAUACCCAACGCUGCUUCGCGGUAACAAACGGAUCAUGUUGGUGAAACGCAGGAACGUGGAUGCCAUUGUACUUCCAAAGGGCGUCGAUAUGGAUGAGGAGAAACAGAGAAAAUCAAUCUCCGUUUCUUACGUUAGCAAGCUUUACGAGGAUGGCUACGUUACGCCUUUGCCUCCGGAGAGAACGCUGCUUCCUCGAAGAUCGAGAAUAUCUAGAACAAACUCUCAAAGCGACAGAAAUAGUUACGUGUCAGAGAUUGAGACAAUAGAGUCGCAACUAGCUUUUUGGAAAAUGAAGAACGAGCUGGAGAAACAGAAAUCAAUUGCUCCUCCAUUACCACCACAUCCUUCCAACUUAAUUCCUUCCGUCUCUUGGGGAAUAGAAUCAAAGGACGACCGUGAUUACGAAGUAUUUAAUUUAAAUUCCGUAAUACCUGAUGCCUAUUAGAUCAUUAGCCAUUUUACAACAAUUGAGUAAUGAUAUCAAAGUCGUUUACUGACACAUACUACAUAUUUUGCAAUGUGAAGUUACACAGUUGAAUCUCUUCUCAUUGGAUCGAAUUUUGUAAAAUUUGGCUACCGGCCGAGAGGUACGCGUGUCAAUGUCAAUUUCAAUGAUCAUGUAUAAACAAGAAGAUUGAACCACUAGACGAUGUCGAUAAUUGGAAAUAUAUAUAUAUAUCUUAAAUAAAAUUUUAGUUUAAUUUAUGAAACGUAUUUCGUUCUAUUAUCGUUCCUUGUAUCAUUGCAAAAAUGUUUGUUCUAACGUCGAUUAUUAUCAUUGGCCAGUCUCUGUCGUUUAUUUUUGAUGAUUAGGUCAGUAGUUCGGCGUAGCACGUCGAAGCUCUAUCUGAUUGGCUAAGGAGGUCAGUCAGCUUCGUGUUUGCUUCUUAGAAGCGGCUGCCAGCUCGAGCUUUUUUACUACCACGAGUAGCUGGCAAUCCACUGCAAUUCUCUAAAAGGACGCAAUGCCAAUAUCAAACCACUGUACUGUUGGAGCACACUGCAAUCAGUAUAACUGUUUGCGUGUUCGCCCACCGAGUGCCGUGGAAAUGACCGGCUAUACGCAAUGGCACGUCACUAGCUUUCUACGUGUACUGCCAAUAGCAGUUCCGGAUUUGCGUGAGCUUGACAUUGCCAAAUGAUGUAACACCAUACCUAACACGUCCCAUUUCUCCCUUUGUGAUAAAUCGACUUCUUCGCACCCCGAUGAACCACGAUCGAAUACAUUUUCUAUUGUUUUUAUCUCUAUUGCGAAUUAAUCUCAUUCUUUCGACAUUUUCCUUCUUUUUUUUUUUUUUGACAUUAAAAUUAAUCUAUGAAAUACAAAUAUUUGAUGAAUUAUUGUUAUAUUUAUAUUCAAUCAAUUAGAUAUAUACUGAUUCUAUUAUAUAUGCUAAUAAAUUUUUAUAUUUAUUUUGUUAUUAUAUCUUAUAUAUCCUUGAUAGAAAAUUGUAAUUACUGUCCUGCGAAUGUUUGUCUAUUUUAUACGGUGCAGAAAUGACUGGAAUGCAUAAUAUUUUAUGAAAUAUACGAAAUACUUAAAGUAAAAUAUUAUAUUCACUAUACAUACAUGAUAUCUAGGGGAUGAAAUGAGUUCCUAUAAUAUUUAUGUUCCAUUUCUUUAAGUAUGUUCAUAAAGAUAUGAAUUAACAUUAACAGCCAUAAUCUACUAAUCAUAAUGUAGGAAGAUUUCUUUUUUCUCUCCUUUUCGCAAUUUUUCAAUUUCAUUUUUUCAAUCUCUCAAUUAUAACAAAAUUUAUUUGAUUAGCUUCUUCAUUAUAUCCUCUAGCAGGAAACGACAACGACAAAGGUAUUGGAUAAUAUGAAUCUUGAUUUAAAAUACAAAAAUCAUAUAAAUGUAAAUUUCAACAAUUCCACAAAUCAAAUGUGGAAGAAUAGAUUAGGAAGAUUAAUAUUGGCAAGGUGUAUGUGUUAUUAAUAACAUGUAAACAAGAUGAAACAAUAAGGAAAAAACAAUCGAUUUAAACGCCGAU